AGCAGUUGCACAACUUCCAGCAACUCUCUCAGCCGGCUACUAAUGAGCUGAAAGCCAGGCACACCGGAGGAGGUGAAGAGGAAACGUCCAGGCCUGCUCCCUUUGCUUAAGAAUCCAGAUAACCCAGCUCCACAUCCCUGACCGCGUUGGACAUUCCAUACCUGCUGUGGGCUUGCCUGGUAGACCAUGGCUCCCUUUGGAAAAAACUUGCUAAAGACUCGGCAUAAAAACAGAUCUCCCACUAAAGACGUGGAUUCUGAAGAGAGGGAAAUUGUGGUUUGGGUUUGCCAAGAAGAAAAGGUUGUCUGCGGGUUGACCAAGCGCACCACCUCUGCUGAUGUCAUUCAGGCGUUGCUUGAAGAACACCAGACAACAUUUGGAGAGAAACGAUUUCUUCUGGGGAAUCCCAGUGAUUACUGCAUCCUGGAGAAGUGGAGGGGCUCAGAACGGGUUCUUCCCCCACUGACUCGAAUCCUGAAACUUUGGAAAGCAUGGGGAGACGAGCAGCCCAAUAUGCAGUUUGUUUUGGUGAAAGCAGAUGCUUUUCUUCCCGUUCCCUUGUGGCGGACAGCAGAGGCCAAAUUGGUGCAAAACACAGAAAAAGUGUGGGAGCUCAGCCCAGCAAAUUACAUGAAGACAUUGCCGCCAGAUAAACAAAAAAGAAUAGUCAGGAAAACAUUCCGGAAGCUGGCUAAAAUUAAGCAGGAUAUGCUCUCCCACGAUCGAGAUAACAUGGAGACAUUAGUUCAUCUGAUUAUUUCCCAGGACCACACCAUUCAUCAACAAGUCAGGAGAAUGAAAGAACUGGAUUUGGAAAUUGAGAAGUGUGAAGCUAAGUUCCAUCUUGACCGGGUAGAAAAUGAUGGAGAAAAUUAUGUUCAGGAUGCGUAUUUAAUGCCCAGUUUCAGUGAAGCUGAGCAAAAGCUAGACUUGCAAGAUGAUGAAAAUCAGUUUCUGGAAGACCUGAAUGAAAGUGAUGGGAUGGUACAGUUGGAAGAGAGGCUAAAAUAUUAUAAAAUGCUCAUUGAUAAGCUCUCUACUGAGAUAGAGAAAGAGGUAAAAAAUGUUUGCCUUGAAAUAAAUGAAGACACAGAAGGGGCAGUUGCAAGUGAACUGGAAAGCUGUAAUUUGGAAAGUGUCAAGUGUGAUUUGGAGAAAAGCAUGAAAGCUGGUUUGAAAAUUCACUCUCAUUUGAGCGGCAUCCAGAAAGAGAUUAAAUACAGUGACUCAUUGCUUCAGAUGAAAGCAAAGGAAUAUGAACUUUUGGCCAAGGAGCUCAAUUCGCUACACACGGGCAACAAGGAUGGAUGUCAGUUAAAGGAGAGUGGAGUGAAGGAAUCUGAGGUUCUUAACAGUGAUAGGGAAGUCCCUCCCUUCACUCAAAGAGUACUUAACACUUACACAAAUGACACGGACUCUGACACUGGUAUCAGCUCUAACCACAGUCAGGACUCUGAAAACACUGCUGCAGAUGUGGUGUUGUUGUCAACGUAAUUUUAAUGGCCUUUUCUGAUUUGCCUUAGUGUUGUUUUCACUUUGCAUAUUUAACAGGAAGCUUUAUUUGAUAUAUGACUUUCUGAAAAGUUGU